AUGUACGUGACUGCGCCCACAAUGGAGUCAGGCAAUGCUUUGUCUCAGGAGCUGACCACCCAAACCAGUCCACUGGAUGGAAAUAUGCGGCUGAAUUGUGAUGGGGAACAGUGGACUUCUGCUACAAAGGGUAACAAAUCCAAAGUACUACAGCCUGCCUACCAGCUUUCACAGAUUAAACCAGUAAGCCAGACUGAUUGCUACGUGAGCCUGUGGUUGCCAACUGCUUCAGCUGACAAAUUUCAGACUAAAACCAUCCAGAAUUGUAAAGACCCAGUCUGGAAUGAAACCUUCUACUUCAGAAUCCAGAGUCAGGUCAAGAAUGUGCUGGAGCUGGGGCUCUAUGAUAAGGAUGUUGUUACUCAAGAUGAUCACCUCUUUACAGUGUACUUUGAUAUAGCCAAACUUUCCCUGGGAGAACAAGUCUUCAUGCAUUUCAAGUGCGAUUCACAGAGAAAAGAGGAGCUAGAGGUGGGAUUUGCACUGGAUAAUAUUUCAGGCCCUCCUGAAACCAUCAUUACUAAUGGAGUACUAGUGUCUCGCAAGAUCUGCUGCUUGGAAGUUCAGGUGGUUGAGAAGAAGAAGGAAAGGAAAUCUUUAUCAAAAAAACAAUUCUCCUUUAAAGUGCACGGCUCAUAUGAGGGCACCCAAGACAUUACACUGGAAUCUGAUCUCGUCUUUGGUUCCCCCCAUGCUGCCAAAUUCCACUAUGCCAGAUACAAGCAGCCAGUGCUGGAUCUUAUGUUACCAGGGAAGAAACCGCCUCCUUCCUAUCACUCCUAUUUGUGUGGCACAAAUUCAGGCACUCAAAACAUGGAGCUUCAUUCCCUUCCAAGUGGAAAAAACAUGGUCUUAGCAGAGGAUAAAGGAUUUGAUUUACACGCAAAGGCAGAAGACUGCCCAGACCACCUUGAUGUGCGUUUAGGGUUUGACCUCUGUGUUCAAGAGCAAGACUUUCUAUGCAAAAGGCAGAAAUGUGUUGCUGCUGCUCUUAAGAAGGUUCUGCAGCUGGAAAAGGAUCUGCUGGAUCAUGAGACCCCCGUGGUGGCCAUCAUGACUACAGGAGGAGGGAUGAGGUCUCUGACCGCGCUGUAUGGCAGUCUGCAGGGACUGAAGAAGCUCCAUGUCCUGGACUGUGCUACAUACCUGACUGGCUUGUCUGGUACAACUUGGACCAUGUCAAACUUGUAUAGAGAUGCUGACUGGUCACAAAAGGAUCUCGAUAAGCAAAUAAGCGAGGCUCGAAAACAUAUGACAAAAUGCAAAAUAAAUUCCCUUUCCUUGGAGUAUUUGAAGUUUUACAAAAAACAGCUGCACCAACGGAAAACAGAGGGCCGCAAAACAUCUUUUAUAGAUGUCUGGGGGCUUGUCCUGGAAUCUUUGUUGCAUGAUGGGAAAGACAACCAUAAACUUUCUGAUCAGCAACGGGCCAUUGAUCGUGGUCAGAACCCACUGCCUAUCUAUACUGCAGUCAAUGUCAAGAACAACUAUAGCACUCUGGAUUUCAAAGAAUGGGUGGAAUUUACCCCUUACGAAGUAGGAUUGCAGAAAUACGGGGUUUUUGUUCGCUCUGAGGAUUUUGGCAGCGAGUUCUUCAUGGGUCGGUUAAUGAAGAAGCUUCCUGAAUCUCGAAUCUGCUUCUUAGAAGGCAUGUGGAGUAGUUUAUUUUCAUUGAAUGUGUUAUACAUCUGGAAUUUGUCUCAUUCAUCAGAGGAUUUUUGGCACAGGUGGACCCAGGACAAAAUGGAUGAUAUAGAGGAAGAGCCUCUCCUACCGCUGAAACCCCAUGAUCUGAGGACUCGCCUGCUCACCCCUGCCAGCCCCCUCAGCAGUGCCAUCCGUGAUGCCCUCACUGACCGCUUCUCCGUUGCUCAGGAGCACAACUUCCUGAAGGGCCUGCAGGUGCACAAUGACUACCUGGAGAACAGGCACUUCUGCAGGUGGAAAGAUACUGUGUUAGACACGUUUCCCAACCAGCUGACACAAUCAGAAGAAUACUUGUCUCUGGUAGAUACUGGAUUUUUCAUCAAUACAAGCAUCAUGCCGCUUUUAAAACCAGAGAGAAAGGUGGAUGUCAUUCUGCAUUUAAAUUACAGUGCUGGAUCUCAGAUACUGGCUCUGGACCAGACCUGCAAGUACUGUUCAGAACAGGGCAUUCUAUUUCCCAAAGUAGACUUGAAUGAGGAAGACAGGAAAAACCUGAAAGAAUGUUACCUUUUUGAAGAUGCUGAGACUCCAGGAGCACCAAUAUUGUUAUUUUUUCCACUAAUUAAUGAUACCUUCCAAAAUUACAAAGCACCAGGUCAGAAGCGAUCCGAGUCAGAGAUGGAGGAUGGCAAAGUUGACCUCUAUGGCCGCUGUUCCCCUUAUUCAACAUACUCGGUCACAUAUACUGAGAAGGCAUAUGACCGUCUGGUUCAGCUGGGUGAAUACAACAUCCUGAAUAAUGAAGAGCUCAUUAUGCAGGCCUUGCACACAGCAGUGGAAAGGAAAAGACAGAAAAAGAAUUAGUGUCAGAUGAAGAUGCUUUUGUGUCCAUUUGUGCUCCCUUGUGGCCUGCUGAGAGACUAACACUCCCUUAAAAUCAGCCAUCAGGCUUCAAAGGAUUCCUGCUCAAACCUGCUAAAUGGCAUUCUCAGAUGAACAAAGAGAUUAAAGAGAAACUUUAUUUUCCAAAGAAUUUCACUGCAA